AUGAUUAUCUUUAAGAACAUGAGUAAGCUUUGCAUGGCACUCGCUUUCAGUGCCAGUGCUUGUGCAGCGAUCACUGAAUCCAAACCUCUUGUCGCCUCUGCUGGUGAUAUUGCUGCUAUCCCAGGAUGGAACCUCCAAUCAUCGACCAAAGUAUCAGACAAGCUGGAUGUACUCUCCACACCGGGAGAAGACGUCUCAUCGUGGUAUCGGGUUGGUUCUCGUGGCACUGUCAUGGCUGGUCUUAUUGAGAACGGGGUAUACAAGGAGACGGACUUGUUCUAUUCAGACAACAUGGAAGCUAUCGCUGAUCCCUUGACCUUCGACGUACCCUGGCUUUACCGAGAAGAGUUUACACUAAAUCCAUCUAUCGGCCAACAUUUCACUCUAAAAACACACGGUAUUACAUCCAAGGCAGACAUCUAUCUGAACGGAGUGCUCAUUGCAUCGAGCGACCAGCAGCAAGGCUCAUAUGGCGGCCAUCAAUACAAUUUGACCGAACACGUCAAGGAAGGAGCCAAUUGUCUCCUCAUUCGUGCGUUCCCAACCAACUAUCUUCGCGAUCUUGCCAUGGGAUUUGUGGACUGGAACCCAUACCCAGCCGACAAUGGCACCGGCGUUUGGCGAAAUGUGGAGGUUUCUCAGACUGGAGCGGUCUCAAUGUCGCCGUUCCGUGUCAUCACCGAUUUUACUCAGCCCAACUCCAAGCCGGUGAAGGUCACCUUCCGAACUGAUUUGACCAACCACGAAUCGGCUGAUCAGCAGGUAAUGGUCAAGGGCACUGUUAAAGGGCCAGAUGGCUCCGCAGCUGUCCCAAUUAGCGAGACCUUUGACCUGAAGUCAAACGAGAAAAAAACGGUGUCACUAACUGCGUCAAUUGAAAACCCCGCUAUUUGGUGGCCUGCCCUCUGGGGCGAGCAGCCUUUAUACACAGUACAGGCUGACACCAUCAUCCAGAAACCUAAGGAGGUGGUGUCAGAUAGUUCAAUUAGCCAACAAUUUGGAAUUCGUCAUGUAUCGUCGAAUUUGAACAAGUUCAAGGAUACCGAAUUCUCUGUCAAUGGCGAGCCCUUCCAGGUCAUUGGAGCUGGUUAUGGGCCGGAUAUCUUUUUGCGAUUCGAUAUUGACAGGGUGCGGAAGAUUUUCGCCUACAUGUUGGAUAUGGGACUCAAUACUGUGCGCUUAGAGGGAAAGCAGGAGCACCCAGAACUAUAUCAACUCGCAGACAAAAUGGGGAUGAUGGUCCUGGCGGGAUGGGAAUGUUGUGAUAAAUGGGAAGGGUGGGAGUACAAUGACGAGGCCGACGGUGUCAAAUGGGAACAGGCAGACUAUCCGGUCGCAAAGGCAUCAAUGCUACACGAGGCCGAGAUGAUGCAAAGCCAUGCUUCGAUGCUUGGAUUUUUGGUUGGCUCAGACUUCUGGCCAAACGAUGAGGCCACCAAGAUCUAUCUCGAUGCACUCAAAGCUAUGGAUUGGCCCAACCCGAUUAUUGCAUCAGCCAGCAAGCGUGGCUAUCCCGACGCUCUUGGACCGUCCGGAAUGAAGAUGGAUGGCCCGUACGAUUGGGUGCCCCCGAAUUACUGGUAUAACGACAAAGAAGGAGCGGCAUUUGGCUUUGGAUCUGAAUUGGGUGCCGGAGUUGGAACACCUGAGAUGGGCAGCUUGAAGAAGUUCAUGUCUGAUGCCGAUCUGGAAAAGCUUUGGAAAGAGCCAAAUGCAAAUCAAUAUCACAUGUCUCGCUAUGAUUCGCAAUUUUACGAUCGCUCGCUCUACAACAAGGCGCUCUUUGCCCGAUACGGAAAGCCAUCUAACCUGGAAGACUACGUCAUUAAAAGUCAAAUGGCAGAUUAUGAGGCCACCAGAUCCCAGUUUGAAGGAUACGCCACGCAGCAGAAUGCCACUCGACCUGCCACGGGCCUUAUUUAUUGGAUGCUGAACAGUGCUUGGCCAAAUCUGCACUGGCAGUUAUUUGAUUAUUAUCUUAAUCCUAUCGGAGCCUACUUCGGCACCAAGGUUGGAGCGCGUGAGGAACACGUGGCUUAUGAUUACCAGAACGAGAAAAUCUGGUUGAUUAACCACUCACUCAAGAAGACCGGAAAUCGGAGGAUCCAAGUUGACUUCAUUGAUUCCAAUGGCAAAGAAAUAUCCGCAACUACAGUGGAGAGCAACACAGCGCCUCAUUCCUCAAAGGUGGUGGCUUCGCUUGCGGGAGUCAAAAAGCUCAAAGAUAUUGGCUUCCUGCGUCUGACACUCACUGACACUACUUCCAAAGCCGUCCUUAGCCGCAAUGUUUACUGGCUCUCUCCUACCACAGAUGUCUUGGACUGGUCAAAGUCUGAUUGGUUCACUACACCAGUUACGAAAUUUGCCCAAUACACCAAGCUGCAGACACUGACACCGGCCACUUUGAAGGCUUCACUACAAGACAUGCCAAUGCAGACCCUGGAGGUGAAGUCUCCAGCAGAUGAUGGGUUGACUCAUGCUGAGGUGUUGCUCGAAAAUGAAUCUGCGGGACCGGCAGUCUUCAUUCGUCUGAAUGCUAUCAAUACACUGGAUAACACUGAGAUUGCACCGGUUUAUUGGUCUGAUAACUAUGUGACUCUAUGGCCGAAAGAACAGCUUCGGUUGACUGUCUCAUUCAAAGGAGAUAUCAAGAAUACUCUGAUCGAAGUCACAGGAAGGAAUGUGGAGAAAGUGACCCUCAAGGCCCAGGAUGUGUAA